CCCGAAUCCGCGGAGCAGAGGGAAUAACAGCCCGAUGAGAGCGCUCUGGGCAGGCAGCAGGGACCGUCUGCUCGGGGGACACCGGGGACAAAGGCUCCCGCACCGCUUCUGCUGCAGCCCCCGCACCACGCCGGAGCACCAUGACGUGGCUGUUCCUCACCGUUGCUUGUUUAAURUGCAUCGCUGAAAGGUCGGGAGCAAACCCCGAGGUGUCCAUGGAUGUUGGAGAGAUUGUCCGGCACCACGGGUACCCCUACGAGGAGCACGAGGUGGAGACAGAUGAUGGCUAUUUCCUCACCCUGCAGAGGAUUCCCCACCGCAGAGACAACCCCGAGAGCUUCAGCAUUUCCCACCAAGCUGGGCCACAGGCAUCCAGCAUGUUCUGUCCCCCUCCAAAGGCCGUGGUYCUCCUGCAGCAUGGCCUGGUGCUGGAGGGAAGCAACUGGGUCACCAAUCUGCCCAACAGCAGCCUGGGCUUCAUCCUGGCUGACGCCGGCUACGACGUCUGGAUCGGCAACAGCCGGGGGAACAGCUGGUCACGGAAACACAAGGAGUUCGAGUUCUACCAGCAGGAAUACUCAGCUUACAGCUUCCAUGAGAUGGCCAUGUACGACCUUCCAGCGACCAUCAACUACAUCCUGCAGAAGACAGGGCAGGAGCAGCUCUACUACGUGGCCUAUUCCCAAGGCACCACCACAGGUUUCAUCGCCUUCUCAUCCCUGCCCGAGCUGGAUCGCAAAAUCAAGAUGUUUUUUGCCUUGGCUCCUAUCACUGUGAACUCACACAUGAAGUCACCCCUGGUCAGGGUGUUUGACCUUCCCGAGGUGCUGAUUAAGCUCAUUUUGGGACACAGAGUGGUCUUUGACAAGGAUGAGGUCUUGAAGCAAGUGAUUUCCAGGAUGUGUGUCUACCCCAUCUUGAAAAGCCUGUGCACGUUUGUGUUGUACCUGCCCGGCGGGUUCACCAACAGCUUGAACGUGAGCCGCGUSGAUGUCUACCUGGCCCGCUACCCUGACUCCACAUCCCUGAAGAACAUGCUGCACUGGCGCCAGCUCUACCAGACAGGGGAAUUCAAAUAUUAUGAUUAUGGCAGUGACAAUGUGCUUCACUACAACCAGACCACCCCUCCCUUCUACGAGCUGGAGAAGAUGCAAACCCCGCUGGCCGCCUGGUACGGGGGCAAGGAYUGGAUCUCAGCCCCCGAGGACGUCAACAUCACCCUGCCCCGCAUCUCCAACGUGGCCUACAAGAAAUACAUCCCCGAAUUUGUCCACUUUGAUUUCCUCUGGGGCAAGCAGGUCUACGAGCAGGUGUACAAAGAAAUGCUGGACCUGAUGGAGAAGAGCGCCUAGAGCKGCAGAGGCAGCGGGAAUUGUCGGCUGCUCAAUGACUUCUGGGGCUUCUUUCAUUUGGGGGUGGGRAAAAAUGAAGAAAGAAAGAGGAGGGGAAAGCUCAAUAAACAGCUCCACUUGGUUUGGAUUGAUAUCACUGGGGCCAGUGAGGAAAACAAGCCAAUCCAAUGAUUGGGAAAGCACUCUGGAUUUAGGGUCAACAGGCUCAGGUCCUUGCAGAAGCUGAGCAUGGCCCUCACACCCUGAGUGUCCCAGUGCCUCUCUCACACAGGCGUCCAGCCACAGCCAAUUUCAGAGGAAUUUGGCCCCUGUUGGAUCCUUGCACUUGGGUUCCAGCUGCAAACAGCUGGGCAGCAGCUCUGUGCCCUCCAGUGUCACAUGGAAGCAGCUCUGCCGGGAUGAAACCCCGCCGUGGAUGGAUCCUGCUGGUGCAGCUUUAUUCCCCUCUGGCAACGCUUCCAGGCCAAGAAUCCCCAAAUCCUGACCUUCACUGCCUUCAUGCACAGCUGGAAGGAGCUGACAACUUCCUGCCAGGCAAUCAUGAAGAGUGGCCAUAGUUUUUUUCCAUGAGAACUACCUGUUUUACUAAUUUAGGGAACAUCCUUCUCAGAUUCCUGCUGAUUUGGGUAACCUUGCUUGUACAYAGAAGAGUUUACAGCAAGUUGUGCCAGGAAACACCACUUUCAGCAAUUCUUUUGCACCACUUUCAGCAAUUCUCAAGCACAAACCCAGCUGGAAGGGCCACCUUGUGCUGCAACUCAGGGAAUGCUUUUGUGGSAGACAGAAGAAGAGCGUGGUGGAAGGCAGUAACGCGUCCAAAUCUGUUUCCAGCUUCUGGAUUAAAUUAUUGAAAACACCUUGAUCAGGGGAGGAAUUGUGAAUUUGCCUGUUUGCAUGAUCAUCUUCAUAAAAUAUAUCUGGGAGCAAGCAGGGCAAAGGAUAAGGUCCGCUUUAAAAUGUACAAAUAAUAUUAAUAAUACAAUAAUAUUAAUAAURGUAAUAAUAAAAUUGGAAAGGGUCCACUGGGCUCUGUGUGG